GCAAUGUACAAGAUGACCCUAACGCGGCUCGCGGCUGCCGCCGGCAGUGGGCCGUUCGAUCCAUAUCGAAUACUCGGCGUCGAUCCCUCGGCCUCGAAGGACGAAAUCAAGCGGGCCUAUCAUCGAUUGGCCCUCCGAUACCACCCCGACGGAGGCCCGGAUGGCAAUGCGGAGCGCUUUGCGGCCGUUCACGAGGCAUACAAGGCGGUGGAAGGCGGUAAAUGGCGGCCGGCGGCGGAGCCGACGGCCCAAACAUCCCAGCCUGGGGCCUACGGGUGGGAUGCCAAGAUGCGGACCUACGUUUACGAAAGGCCAGGCUCCACCACCGAAAACUACGUUUCAGGCCAUACACAGACGAUUCUCAGGCUCUGCAUGGUGUGGUGUUUUCUUUUUGUAGUGGUUCGCUUUUCUUUGCUUUGGGGUUUUCCUAAUCGCGCCAAGGGCAAUGGCGGGCGAACGAGGAAGGACUUGCACGCUGAUGACGACUUGGCGUCGCGUGAUGCGACCCAGGACGACGAUACGGAAUUCAAAUGGGCUGUAGACAUGCACCGAAAAGCAAAUCCUCAUCCCGCCGAGAGUGUUGAUCCUUUUGCACGUAAUAUUUGAAGAAUGGGGCGGAAAGGCAUAAUUUUUCCAUUGUUUUGCUUGUACGUCAAAUCGAAUAUCUUAAUAUAGAUCGAUAUCUAAA